AUGGAGGAGAUCUCAACGGAACCCGGAUACUCAUGGACAAUGAUCAUUCCGAUUGUCAUUUUUUGUUUUCUUUGUAUCCUGUGGUAUUUACGGCGAAUUUUCCGUCGCCGUUGGCAUAAGAGGAUAAGACUGAUAGCCGAGGAAUUGAAACGUCUAAAUGCUACCAAUACACCACAUUCCGAAUCUGAGCUACUCAAUAAAAUGUAUCCAUAUAGAGUGCCGAAAAAGAUGACUGAAAUUGAAAACAAACCAUUCAAACUUAUGCAUUUGCCAACGCUUGUUUUUCAACAGGUCGCCGAUUGUUGGGAUCUGCAAGAAAAAUACACCCUCUCCCAAGUGUCCCAAAAAAGCAAGAUAGUGCUGAGCUUGGCGAACAAAAAGAGAUUAUCAAAAAUUGAUUUCCAUAUCCCAUCAACCGUCUAUAUCACAUAUCGACAUAGCGAAAAUCCUUUUCGACUUGAAUUGGACUGUUACUCGAAGAUUCCAAAGUGGUUCUAUUAUCCUGAAAAAGCAUUCGAGUUAAUUUCGAAUAUCGAAUUUCUAUUUGAUUCUCAUCUCGAAAGUUUUCAUUUCGACCCGAAGAAAAUUGCUUGGCAAGAGUUGUAUAAAACUCUUAAAUGGAUUAAUUCCCACUGGAAUCUUCCAUUUAAUCCGGAUAUAAGUAUACAGUCAUACACAUAUGAUGGAAUGUUCUUCAAGAUUCUCAUGGAGAGUUUGGAGAAAAACGUGGAUCAUUUCACUAUUUCUGGUAUGGAAUACGGUAGCCAAUCCAUCAAAUUCUGUCAUAAUUUCGAAAUUGACUGGUUAAAUGUGAAUGACACGUUGUUCCUCGACGUGGAUGCGUUCACAAGUUUGAAGUUCAGUAGAGCGUACUUGUAUAAUGUUGACAUUGCAAAUGAGGAAAUAAACGAGAUAUUGAUGAGUUGGAAAAUGGGAAGAUUUGGAGACAAAAUGGAAAGUAUUACUGUUGAAAAGAUGACAUUAAUUGACUUGAGAGCUAUGUUAGUUGGAUUGGAGGCAGAGUUGAGGGAUCCAAGGAUUACAAAGAGGAGCAAGCGUUUGCCUAAUGGUACGACUGCUUGGAUUCAUGGAGGGAUUUAUUUCAAUGGACCAAAUGGGAAAACGGCUACAAUCAACUUAUAUUCUUAUCAAUCGGCAAAGGGAGACGAUCGGAUUCCAGAAGAAUCUAUUCAAGAAUACGAAACAAUUCAAAGAAGUUGGAAUGCAAUUGUUGGGAACAAUGGGGAAGUGCCACACUGGGGAGGAUUUUUAAAUGAUCUACAGCUUUUUGUCAUAUUUCAAUGA